AUGGCAGAUCUCCUUUACCAUUCCAAACGGCUCAACCUCGGGCAGAAACUGAACCUGAAUUUCGCAGCCGAUGCUACUCCCCUACCGAGGAAAUUAUCGAAGAUUAUGAGGGGGAGGAUGCCCCAGAAGAAGCCUCCGCUACCGAAGGUCUUGCCGUUACCAAAGGAGCUCGUGACGAAGCCACUAGUGAUGAGGCUGCUGAGAGACUUUGCGCAUGACCCAGUCCCCGAUUCGGAAAGAGCGAGUUCUGACUCUCGAGUCAUAAUACCGGGAGAUACGAUUCUUGUAGGCCUCAUUCCGAAGGUUGGCUUGCGCUCGGCGUUCUUCAAUCAGGUCGAGGCUCAAUGCGAGUGCUUCCUCAUUUGCCUUCGGGGUAAAACUUUCCGUUCGGUAAGUGGGCUAGCCGAUCUCCACGAGGACAACAGCUUCCGAACCAAAGGCGAGAGAGAAUGGGGUUUCUCCGAUGGGCAUUCGGUAGGAUGUCCGAAUGGCCCACAGUGCUUCUAG